AUGUCCGGGCGCCGUCUCCUCGACGCCAUCACAUUUCUCAAUGCGUCCCGCGGCGUCGCAAAAAAGCACAUAGUGCUACAGAGGCAUGCCCUUGACCACCAUGCAAGGACAUCAUCAUUAACCAAAGAAGCGAAAAAUCAAAUUCAACGGAUUGGUCUUGCGGUACAAGCAGCUUCUGACCUAGCGAAGAAGCUCGACGACGAUCCUGCACCUAGCUUUACGCCGAGAAAUCGCAAUCAUGGCAGCGAAAAGGGCACAGGCAGCUCCCAGCAGGGGACGGAUGAUAGUCCCAGGAAGAAUGAUAUCACUACAGAGUCUAUAGGAGCCACAGCUAUUGGUACAGAGAGAGGGGCUGACUUUACACUUAAAGACACCUUGAGCCCGGAGAUUAAAGAAAAGGAGGAGGAACUUCCGGAGGAAAUGAUGCAACAACUGUUCAGGAGCCGAAAAGUAACAAGAUCCCUUUUCCAAGGCCAACCUCACAAGACGGGACAAAGCAAGUUCAAAUUAGGCUCUAUGUCGAUGCCACAUUCCCGGCCAACCUGUUCUGAAGUCGUCACAGAGACUAUUACGGAAGCUCAGGAUGCUGAGCUGAACAUUCCAGGUGAAAUUGAAAAGCGGGAUCAUGUUGAAAAGGAUGUCAAUGUUGUUGCGCCCCAAGAUACGUAUCAAAUGGUUCAAUCCCGAGUCCCAUCCUCUCGAAUCGGACGGCUAUGGGAAUAUGGUGGCCUGGCAACUUCGAUGGCCAUAGGUGUUGUUGGUGCUGGGUUCCGUCGUGCUACUGGAGGCGAUGAUUCGGGGUCUUUGUUACUCAGUCCUGCCAAUGUAGAAAGGCUUGUUGCUAAAUUAUCCAAAAUGAGGGGAGCGGCUCUGAAGCUAGGCCAGAUGCUAAGCCUCCAAGAUUCUAAAAUUAUGCCUGAGACGAUUCAGCAAGUAUUACAGCGUGUGCAAGACAGGGCAAACUACAUGCCACAGUCUCAAAGGGAUCAGGUCCUCAAGGAUAACUUGGGCCCUAAUUGGAGAGACCUAUUUGAGACUUUUGAUGAGAUCCCCAUGGCUGCUGCAUCGAUUGGACAAGUACACGGAGCCAUCCUAAAGGAAACAGGACAACGUGUUGCCGUGAAGGUUCAAUACCCUGGAGUUGCAGACUCCAUAGAUUCAGAUCUAAAUAACUUGUCUAUCCUCCUCACUGCAUCUCGACUACUUCCCAAAGGUUUAUAUCUCGAGAAAACAAUCGCGAACGCCCGGACUGAGCUUGCGUGGGAAUGUGAUUAUAUUCGUGAAGCAGAAUGUGGCCGUAAAUUCAAGGAACUGCUCAAGGAUGAUACCGACAUCUUUACUGUGCCCGAAAUUAUAUCAUAUGCUUCAGGGAAACAGGUUCUCACCAUGGAACGUUUGGAUGGCAUCGCAGUGACCCGGAUCCAGUCCUUCACGCAGUCUCAACGUGACUGGAUAGGCUCUCAAAUCAUGCGGCUAUGUCUUCGAGAAAUUGGCGAAUUCAGGUACAUGCAAACUGACCCCAAUUGGACCAAUUUCCUCUAUAACUCCACUACCAAUCGCCUUGAGCUUCUUGAUUUCGGGGCUUCUCGCGCUUAUCCUGCUGCUUUUAUCUCCUUGUACGUUAGGCUGCUUGCCGCCGCAUCUCGGAAUGAACGUGAGAAAUGCCGUGAACUCUCCCAGGAACUAGGUUAUCUUACCGGUUUUGAAUCGGAGGCGAUGGUCAAUGCCCACGUAUCAUCUAUCAUAACUAUUGCGGAACCGUUUAUGAAAUCUUCCCCUGAGGUAUAUGAUUUUAAUGAUCAAACCAUCACCGAUAGGGUUCGAGAGUUUAUCCCGCUUAUGCUGCGUGAACGCUUGUCUCCACCGCCUGAAGAGACAUACAGUUUACAUCGGAAGCUAAGUGGCGCCUUUUUGCUCUGUGCCCGACUAGGUAGCAGAGUGAGGUGUCGGGAGAUGUUCGAAGAGAUGUUAGAGAAGGUAGAAUGGGUGGACGAGAAGUAUAAAGGGAGAAACGACCUGUGA